AGUGGCGCGCCGGGAGCGCCUUGGGUGCUGCAGCCAGGUUACUGCCAGCUCCCAGCCCCUCCUGGCAGCAGCGCUCAGCUACCGCAGCGCGCGGGAGCGUCCUGGGGGGCUGUCCCCGCUGGCCUUAGGACGGUUGCCCAGCGGGCGUAAGGCGGCCGAGGUCUCGGUGACACCGGUACCUGAGCGGCAAAUGCCGGAGGUGCUGCCGAGACCCCCGCAGCGUCUGUCCCUUUUUGGUAACAGCUGCUUACAAAGGCCAGCUAUGUAUGUCUCUGAAAUGUGUUGGCACUUGUGCAUAAAAGCUUAACGGGAGAAUUGUUCCUCGGUGACUGUAAACAAAAAGCUGCUGUUAAUACAUCUUUAUAGUCUCUGGUAACCCAUUUAGUUUGCAGGCUUUUCUAAGUCUUUCUUAAAUUCACCAACAAUAGGGUUUUAUUUUCUACGGCUAUUGAUUUCAGUUUUUCCAGGCAUGACUUGUCUUCCUACUGCACCCCGGAUCAGCAGAAUGCAGAAUUAAUUACUGCUGAAUCAUAACAGAGUCUUAUACAACAGAAUGCGAGUUAACGCGCACAAGAAGCAGCAACUUCAGCGAUACUGACUCUGCUUCUAUGUGCCAAUGUAACUUUCCUGAGCAGUUGUUCUCAACAUCUUGGUUUUGAGUUUCAUGAGUUACGGAAAUCUCUGUCUCUUAUUUUCCUUUUUUUGGACAACAUUAAACAUGGCUGCUUAAGAUAUAACUCUUGGUUUAUGGUGUUAAUAGCUAUCGAAUGUAGUGGUAUGAUAAAUCUAAAAUAAAUGUUUCCAUAUGCAGAAUGGAGACUGAUUGCAAUCCUAUGGAGUUACCCAAUAAUACGGGGUUUGAAGAGGAUUCUGAUUAUAGAGACUUCGAAGGAACAGAUGUGAAAGAUAUGAGACUAGAAGCCGAAGCUGUUGUGAAUGAUGUUCUGUUCGCUGUCAGCAACAUGUUUGUCUCAAAAACCCUUCCCUGUGCAGAGGAUGUGGCAUAUAUCAAUGUGGAAACCAGGGAAAGGAACAGAUACUGCCUGGAGCUCACUGAAGCAGGACUCAGGGUAGUAGCUUAUGAUUUUGAUCAGACUGAUGACAGACUGCAAACUCCAUACCAUGAAACUGUCUACUCCUUAUUGGACUCUCUCAGCCCUGCAUAUCGAGAGGUGUUUGGAAACGCAUUACUACAAAGACUGGAAGCUUUGAAGAAAGAUAGUCAGUCAUGAUUUACCCAGAAGUGAAGAAGGUUUAAUGCUAGAAGGAAUUCUUAGUGUGAGGCGCUGAGAUCUUCCUUUAAAACAUAGUCAGAAACAUCUUAAGCUUCAUUUCUUGCAUUAAUUUCUAUUUCAUGCUAGUACUACUCUGUAAUACUUUGCUGCAGUGGAUUUGCGUAUAUCACAAUGCCUUUAAAAGCCACUUUGAGAAAUUGCAAAAUUAAUAAACUUUUUUGUUUUCUUUUUUUGUGGUAGGUGAGCAAGUAAGUUGCUUCUUACAAUACUAAAAAAAUUUGGUGUGUUUUCAAAGUGUUAUUAUCCAAAACUAAAAAAAUAGAGAGAGACUGAAUGUUAUAUAUACAAGUAGUAAUUUUUUUUGGUGUGUGCUUACUGGUAAGUUUUAUAUCUGCUUUUUAAAAUAGAAGCUAACUACUUGCUCUACCCAAUUAAUGAAAAAUAAUUGGGAAAACUACUGUUCUGCAAAGAACAGAAUUUCAGCUUGAUUUGCUAUACAUAAAUCUGAAAAUUCGCAGCUUUGGUAACAAAAAAGGUGGUUCUUGAACAGCUGAGCGUUGCUUAUAUACUGACACUAUCUGAAUUAAAAGCAAGGCUCAGUAUUCUUUGAUCUGUCCUUGUCUAUGGCAACCAGCAAACUCAAAAUAAUAAAUGAGAUGUACUGCUAAUAUAUGAAUGUAUUGUCUGAAUUGCAAAUGAGUUAAGCACAGAAUUAGGAUGUAAUGGGCUACAUUUCCUAAAGAUGAUGUUAUAUAUGCUAUAUAUAUAUGUAUGCUAUAUUGUAACUGUUUGGGAGGUUUGGAAGACAUUUUAGCCUGUUUACUAUUCUGAAUGUGUGUUUACAUGAUGUACAGAAUAUACCCAAGAGUAUUUUUGCUUCAGCCUUUACUUUCUAUAAUACAGUACUUUGGUACUCCCGUUUUUCACAUUUUCUCCCUCAAUUGUACAGCAUCCUCUCCUAAUCAAUACUAAGUAAGCACUCUAAUGUUAAUGGCAUUGUAUUGGUUUGAAACCAAAGGCUGUAUGAAAUUUGCUAAGACUAAUAGAAACUGGAAGAUAUAACUUGUAUUUUCUACUUAAAAACAGGUGCAAAUCUCUUUAUAAAUCUAUUGUUCUGCUGUAACUUUUCAAGUAUGUACUGAAUAGUAGACUUUUUAAAAAUUACAGUUGGUUAGAAAUACUGGUACUGUUGAACUAACAUUCUGUGACGUUCAUACUUUUUGUAUUCUUGUAUUACUCAGUAUUUGUGCAUCUUUAUUUAAAUAAUCCUGCCAUUAUUCUGCCAUGCUUUUGUGACAAGUACAUGCAGUAGCUUUUUUGGAGCCACACUUAGGGAUGCGUCGGUUCUCAUGAAGUCACAGAUUCCAGUGACUUCAGUAGAGCUAUAUUGACUUCUGCCUGCUAAGGAUUAGUCAUAUUAAUUGGAGAAGCCUAGGAGAGCUUUUGUAAUAGCUUUGGGGUAGUGAGGUACAGCUAUGACUGACAAGACAACUGUAGUUGGCACUUCUGUUUUCCAGAUCUUAAUUUUGUGUUUAUUUUAUUAUAUUUUUAGGUUGAAACUUCUGAUAUUAAUCCUCUGCCCUAGGGUAUGCUUCCAUGCUCUAAAAAUUGUUCAUAGGCUCUCUUUUGCACACAGGUCUGUGGCACGUGGUUAGUCCUCUGUGAGGAGAAUGUACUUUACCAAAUUUAUAUUUGAAUAUUUUCCCUUGCAACUAAUUUACUUGUUCAAUUUCAGUGAC